AAGCAAGACGCCAAGCUCGGACCGGGAUUUGUCUCGUAAGUACCCAGACACAACCUCAGCAGCUCCAGAGCAAGAAAGAAGCAGAAGAAGGACGGAGAAGUGUUUCGGGUAAGAGCACAAGGACUUACGAAGAAGAAAGAAAGAAAGCAGAACAACCCCUUUGCCAAAUCAUUCCGUCGAACGUUCGAGGUUAGACGCAAGGUCUGGUUAUUGUGCCCAUUAACAUCCACGCAAAAGAUAUGAUCCGUCAGUUCCAACGCUGGUAACUUUUCGUGUGAACCCGCAAGACAUUUUUUCCCCAGCUAUUCUUGUGCACAUCACAAUGGAUGAUUUUUACGAUGAAUUUGGCAACUAUAUUGGCGAAGUGGGAGAAUCGGAUGAGGAAUCCGCUCAUCAUGAAGGUGCUGAACCUCAAACGUUCACCUUCGAGGAGGCUUUUGCGGGAGAUGACGAUGAUGAGGCCAGUGAUCAUCAAUUGAUGGAAGUGGACGAAGGUCCUUCAAACGCUGUUAUCCUUCAUGAAGAUAAACAGUAUUACCCGAGUGCCCAGCAAGUGUACGGGAAGGAUGUUGAGACUCUUGUUCAGGAGGAGGACGCUCAACCUCUUUCAGAACCUAUAAUUGCACCAGUUCAACAGAAAAAGUUCGCAAUCGAAGAAGCUGAGCUGCCGCCGGUUCACUACUCCAGAGAGUUCAUGAUGGAUUUGCUCAACUUUCCGGAACAGAUAAGGAAUAUAGCAGUUGUUGGUCAUUUACAUCACGGCAAGACGGCUUUUAUGGACAUGCUUGUCACGCAGACCCAUGAUAUCGCCGAUCGUCUGGAGAAACGAGCCGGGAGGCGGAGUCAAGAACAACUCCGUUAUACCGAUGUUCACUUUUUAGAGAGGGAAAGGGGUCUCUCUAUCAAAGCGGCGCCCAUGAGCUUGGUCCUCCAAGGCACGAGAGGCAAAUCCCAUCUUUUCAACAUCCUUGACACGCCAGGGCAUGUGAAUUUUGUUGAUGAGGUGGCUGCCGCAUGUCGGCUAGCUGACGGUGUCGUGCUGGUAGUCGACGUUGUCGAAGGUGUGCAAGCGAACACUGAGCAGAUUAUCAAGCACGCUAUACUCGAAGACCUCCCGCUCACGCUAGUCUUGAACAAGAUGGACCGCUUGAUAUUGGAGCUUAAGAUACCGCCCAAUGACGCUUACUUCAAAUUGAAGCACGUCGUCGAAGAGGUUAACACUAUUAUUGAGAAUACCUUGCCGGGUCAGGGCGAAUUAAGACGACUUAGCCCGGAACGGGGCAAUGUUUCCUUUGCAUGCGCCUCUAUGGGGUGGUGCUUUACCUUACAUUCAUUUGCUAGGAUGUAUGCAGAGACCUACCCUCAGAUUGAGUCCUUUGACCUCAGUCAACGCCUCUGGGGAGACAUUUUCUACAACCCUAGGAGUCGAAAAUUCACACGAAAAGGUUUGGAAGACCAAUCAAAGAGGGCGUUUGUAAAAUUUGUUCUGGAGCCUAUCUACAAGCUUUAUUCGCACACUCUAAGCGAAAGUCCUGAAGACCUCAAGGAAACUCUGUCCAGUGUCGGUAUUGAUCUCAAACCGUCACAGCUGAAGUUUGACGCAAAAGCCCUACUUCACCUAGUUUGCGAUAAAUUCUUUGGCCCUGCAACAGGAUUCGUGGAUAUGAUACUCCAGCACGUACCUUCUCCUGCAGACGGUGCACGGAAGAAGUUGGAGCGCCAUUACACAGGGCCCUUGGACACACGAAUUGCGGCGGCCAUGGCUGCGUGUAACCCUGAAGGUCCACUUGUUGUACAUGUCACAAAGCUCUUUACUAGCACAGAUGCGUCGAAAUUCCACGCAUUCGGAAGGAUCAUGAGUGGCACAGUCAGCCCUGGCCAACAGGUUCGUGUGCUUGGUGAAGGCUAUACACCCGAAGACGCGGAGGAUAUGGCUGUUGCAACGAUCUCUGACACCUGGAUUGCGGAGACUUCUUAUAGCAUCCCAACAACCGGGGUUCCUGCCGGCAAUCUAGUUCUUCUAGGGGGUGUGGACAAUUCCAUCGUGAAGACAGCAACUCUUGUGCCUCUUCGGCUGGAUGACGAUGAGGACGCCUACAUCUUCAGCCCAAUUCGGCAUAUGACUGAAUCUGUAUUCAAGGUCGCCGUUGAGCCAGUCAAUCCAUCUGAAUUGCCUAAGAUGCUUGAUGGUCUUCGUAAGGUGAACAAGAGCUACCCCUUGGUUUCGACCAAGGUGGAGGAGUCUGGUGAACACGUGCUUCUAGGGACCGGUGAGCUCUACAUGGACUGCGUACUUCAUGAUCUUCGGAAGUUAUUCUCAGAGAUGGAAAUCAAAGUCUCGGAUCCUGUUACCCGCUUUUGCGAGACUGUUGUUGAGACGUCAGCUAUCAUGUGCUAUUCUAUCACUCCAAACAAGAAGAACAAGAUCACCAUGAUUGCAGAGCCUUUGGAUGAUGGGAUUGCCGAGGAUAUUGAGAGCGGCAGGGUCAGCAUCAAGGAUCCGAUCCGCAAAGUGGCUCGCUUCUUUGAAGAAAAGUACGAAUGGGACAAAUUGGCAGCGCGAAGCAUCUGGGCGUUCGGUCCAGAUGAAAUGGGUCCCAAUAUUCUGCAGGACGACACCCUACCUUCUCAAGUCGACAAAAAACUCCUCGGCAGUGUCAGGGAUUCCAUCACCCAGGGGUUCAGCUGGGGCACGAGGGAAGGGCCUCUCUGUGAAGAACCGAUCCGUAACACGCGUUUCCGACUCACCGAUGUCUCGCUUGCCGAUCAAGCUAUCUACAGAGGGGGUGGCCAAAUCAUUCCCACGUCUCGGCGGGCCAUUUACUCUUCCUUUUUAAUGGCAUCACCACGUCUGAUGGAACCCAUAUACUCUUGCACAAUGACGGGCCCUGCAGAUGCGGUCGCAUCGGUGUACACCGUCCUAUCUCGAAGGAGAGGCCACGUGCUUUCUGAUGGGCCAAUUGCAGGGACACCACUUUAUUCCGUCCGCGGCUUGGUGCCAGUGAUAGAUUCUUUUGGGUUUGAGACAGACCUCAGAAUUCAUACCCAGGGCCAAGCAGCCGUCAGUCUCGUUUUUGACAAAUGGAGUGUUGUCCCAGGAGAUCCGCUGGAUCGUGAAGUCAAGGUAAAACCGUUGGAGAUGGCCCCUGCAAUGGCCACCGCUCGCGAUUUUGUUCUCAAGACUAGAAGGCGCAAGGGUCUAGCAGAAGAUGUUACAGUGAGCAAGUUCUUGGAGCCAGACCUCUGGAGGGGAUUGAAAGAAAGUGGGGUUUUGGACCCGUGAAAGACUACUACCACAAUGUGCCGAGAUAGCAACUACACAUCGCAAGUUGUACUUGAAGUCACC